GUCACUCAACUCCCGUGCCUAAACCACCUUAACUCAUUCGACUCCCUGCGCUAACGAAAUAAACAAAUCAAGUCGGCAUAGAAUUUUCUAAAAAUCACUUGAGAGAUCUUUUAACGGAAAAAGUGCUUUAUUAAAAUACAAAAUGGGCGAUGCCGACAGACUAAUGAAUGAUACGGAAGCCGCCAAGCCAACCGCCGGCAUCCAGGUGAUUAAUGCCGAGGAGGUGCCCUCUAUUGAGGAGAUAAUUACCAUCGAUCCGGACUGCUAUGAGCUGGAUCUGAAUCAUCGUCGCAUCGAGAAGCUGGAAAACUUCGAGCCCUUGACGCAGAUCAAGCGCUUGUUCUUGCGCUGGAACCUUAUCAAGAAGAUCGAGAACCUGUCCACGCUGACGUCCCUCGAGGAGUUGGAGCUGUACGACAACCAGAUCACAAAGAUCGAGAACCUCGAUGAGUUGACCAACCUGGAGCAGCUGGAUCUCAGUUUCAAUCGCCUGACCAAGAUCGAGAACGUCGACAAGUUGGUCAAGCUGGACAAGAUCUUCUUUGUGGCAAACCGCAUUACAGUUAUCGAGAAUCUGGGGAUGCUGACCAAUCUUACCAUGCUGGAGCUGGGGGACAACAAGUUGAAGAAGAUCGAAAACAUCGAGAUGUUGGUCAACCUCCGCCAGCUCUUCCUUGGCAAGAACAAGAUAGCCAAGAUCGAGAACCUUGACACACUGGUCAAUCUGGAGAUACUCAGCCUGCAGGCCAAUCGAAUUGUAAAGAUCGAGAACCUGGAAAAACUGGCUAACCUCAGGGAGCUUUACAUAUCCGAGAACGGAGUGGAAACCAUUGAAAACCUCUCUGAGAACAAGAAGCUGGAGACCCUCGAUCUGGCCAAGAACCGAUUGAAGGGCAUUGCCAACCUGGAGAACCUCGAACUCCUUGAGGAGCUCUGGCUAAAUCACAACGGCGUGGAUGACUGGAAGAACAUCGAGGUGCUGAAAGUGAACAAGUCCCUGCAGACCAUCUACCUGGAGUACAACCCGCUGGCCAAGGACAUACGCUAUCGCUCCAAGCUGCGCGACAUCCUGCCCCAGCUGCAGAAGAUCGAUGCCACCCUGUGCACAGUGCCUGGAUCCCACUAGGAUGGAUACCUCGUCACUGUACCCCUCUUUUUGAAAGACUAAUCCAAGGCGUAACGCCAAAAUAAUAUAAACUUUGCAAACUUCCGUUUAAAAUAUACACAAAAAUUAACCAACAAGAAUUGAUUUACUUUUAUUGCUAGGGUUUGAAUUGUUACAUAUUAAAGAUUGCUAAUGUGCGUUCACCUUAA